ACGUGCUCUGGACUGGAGUACGGGGACUGCACCAGCUGGGUGACCCUUUGGCGGUCCGAGUUCGUGCUCUGCCAGCCUUACAUAAUUGAAUCGGGAAAGCGGAACAACCGAAAACAAACCCCGAUAUGUGGUGUUGAGACAAAGAAUGCCUCGCCGGCCCUCACGCGAGUCACAUGCAGCUGGAGAGAGAACGCGAACUUGCAGGCGAUGAUGGCGGCGGCAAAGACGCAGGCCCGGGAGAAGUGCCAGAAAAUCUUGUGCAGCAUGGCCAAAGAGGGGACCUGGCAGACGUUUUACCAGGACGAGGCGAAGCAAAAACCUUGGCCCAAGUAUGUGUCCACAGUCGGCGUCUGGGGCUGGCAGAGGGCAGCGAAAGAGAAAUGUGACCAACUUCUAUUCUUUGCCGGAGAGGCGCUGAUUGAUCCCGACAAGCUUUGGGGCAACCUCGUCGACGGCGACACAUUCAACAAACAAGCCUGCGAGUGA